AUGUUGGCCUGUUUUGUAGACGAAUCGGCGUGCUCGCUGCGCGAGAGGGAGCAAUUGAUUCGGGACGUGCAGAAGCUCACCCGACUAUUUGCCACGAAAUGGCUGCUGCCUCCAGACGAAGAAAGCAGUAUACAAAAAGAAGAAGAAGGACCUGAGCACAGAGAUUCGCAGUCGCAAUAUGUGUUGCCCUGUAAAGCUGUGGUACCUCCUUCGGCCUAUUUCUCUUUCCGCGGCAACAGUCAGAUGCACCUUCCGAUCGUGGACUGGGGGGCGUUUCGGGGAUAUGCCGUUGCUGUGUGGAUCAAUGUGGACUUCCAGCUGCCGCAGGUCAAGAGAGGAAGCUCUGUAGUGGAAGGCGUCGUGCAAGACAGUGUGCACGGCAAGUUCAACGUGUUUCGGUUCGCCAACGGGUCAAAUACAUUGGGAGUGGAGGCAUCGCUCGAGCGCGCGGCAGAAGGUGCUAGUCAUGGUGGACGUGGAGUGUUGCUGAAUGUCAGGUGCUGUGCCCCAAACACAUCGAGUGAGGCGAAAAAGUCGGCAUCGGUUGCAGCUUCGUUUGCGCACUGCUCAGAGUGGCGAACGAUUCAGCAGAAGAUCGACUUGGUGCCUGGUGAAUGGCAUCUGCUGGUGAUAUCGCAUUCGCUGCAUUAUGUAAAAAAGAGCAGCGUGACGUGUUACGUGGACAACAAAUUUCAAUUUCGGGAAGAGCUCGUGUAUCCGUCCGGAUUGGUUACUGCGUCAAAAUGCACUGUAGGAGGGGGUCGUAAUGCGAAGGCAAAGAUCGCCAGUGUCUCGAUGUACCACGAUGAGCUCUCAAGAGGGACAAUCGAGUUGAUGUACGCGCUGGGGCCCACAAUGUCUUCAUUUAACCGAUGGUCUGCAGCACUGCCCAGUCAGUCAAGUCGGUUGAUCGCCGGUAGCCGCGAGUGUGCAUUGGGGUUAUCACCGUUGGCUGUGCCGGAAAAUGAAUCGUUUACAGCAUUCUGUAAAUUGCAGGUCGUGUUUGCCUUUAACGCACAAAAUACUGUCAAUGAGGACUAUGCUGAUCUUGGAGUGGAAUGGGUGUGUGAAGGAACAACGCCGACCUCAAACGGAAAGUGGCUGACUUUUGAGAACAGUAUAGACGCGUCUGCCGAGAUCCAACAACGAAAUGCCCGACUGGGUAAGAGCACACACAAAGUGACUUUUCCAGAUUAUCAGUCGGCAUGGCAUCAGUCAGUAGGCGUGUCGUCGUUGCCAGUACUGCUGGAUUACAUUUUGACUGCAUACGAGAGAGUCGCUAGAAAAGAAAGCCCAAGAAAGCGUGCAGAGUCGACUGAGUAUACAGCAGCAGGAGAGGGUGGGCGUUUUCUUCCAGCUGUCAUGGAAAGUGUGGUGAUCGAUUUGUUGUGGAUAUGCAAGGGCAUGUUGCUCAGCAAUGUGGCCAAUCAAGAAGAAGUGCUGAGGAACUAUGUGUUUCACAUGCUCUCUCACGUACUGGUACGUCACAACGAAUGCCUCUCGGUAGUCUGGACGCCUGGAAGUCUUGUCCUCUGUGUUGAAUUUGUAAAAAGUUUAUACAUGAUGAUGCCGCGGCCGAGGCAGAGUCUCGAAACUGACGACAACCAUCCCUUUCACGCGUCCAUCUGGACAACAAAUCCACUGUUUGCCUCCGGGGUGCGAGCUAUUCUAAUGGACUACCGACUGUGGACGCAAGCGGACUUUAAGGCUCAGUCCAUUUACAAUCGCCAGAUGUAUGUGCUUGCGUGUGAGUACCCGCGAGCGUUCAACAAUAUGCAAGCUGUUGCUAAGGUACUGGAGAUUCUCGGCAAUCAUUAUUCAGUUACACACUCUUCGCAUACGUCCAGCGAAGGUGAAACAAGCCAGAACACGCAGCAAUUGACCGAGCCUGACGACAAAGAACACCGUUGGAAGCAGCAAAGUAUUCUAAGUCUGGUUGAGCUUAUCGAGGUGUGUUUGACAAACCAGAGCACACAUGUUUACGAAGUGUUGGAGCAGGAAGUUAUGGAGACGACUUUUGCUCGGGCAAGCGCGUCCACAGGAGUCGGAGGAAGUUCUAUUGCUGGCGGGGCUGGCCCGUCACUUUCCACGUCAACUCCCUCUUUAUCUUCGGCUUCGCCUUCAAUAGCUGUACCCGCCCGUAGAGGAGGUGUGUUUAGUAUCAAUCUCGAAAGCAUUGUAUGGAGUGACCAGACGGCGGCAUGUCCUGGUUCGCCUAGAACUCCUGAUGCUCGUGUUUCGGAUGGAAGAGAGUCUUUUACCGAAAAGAGCGUUUUGCGCUCUGUCCAAGUUCGAUUCUCACUUGUUCGAGAUAUCCGUGCAGUAACCAAAUUUCUAAUGACGAGUCACGAUGCAACUGUUUGCACGUCUAUACUGCUGUUGCUGCGACGACUGGCGGUGUCGUUUCUGGACAUGCGCUUCGCACUAGUCAGCUCCAGCAUCAUGGACUGCUUGCUUUAUCUGAUGCGUGAUCGGCGGGCUGACUUCGGUAGCAGCGGUAUAAGCAAACGGAACGAUGAAGAGAGCUCGCAUGCUUUUGUCCAUGUCCGGUUGGCUUGCGUUCCGCUGUUCAUUUACUUGCUAGAUUGGCUCGAGUCAAUUGAAGGUCGCACUGUUUGGUGUGGACUUGAAGAGCAUUUGCGAUUGGUGCUCAAUGGCCAAGGCAGCUUCUCGGUUGGUUUUUUAGAGCUUAUGAUGGAGUUUUACUUUGAUCCAGCAUGGCUUCUGGGUGUCCAACACAGUAUUAUCAUGAAUGAUCCCUCCAAAAAGGACUCGUUGUUGUUUCCAAUCGCGCCAGCGGUAGCGAGCAAUGUUACGUUAGCGCAGAAAAAUGGGGUCGAAGAUGGCAUUGCAGCAGCCGUAUCGUCAACUCUCACUGCUACAGGAGAAGUAAGCACGGGACUGGAUGGUUUGAUUGACUGGAUUAAGAUGGCUAACCAUUCUGUCGGUAAGCGCUUACAGCUAACAUGGGAAAAGCGGGCUGCUGUCAUUCGUCUGAUAGCUUUGCGAAGUCUAUACAACGUAGGUGUGAAGGAUCAAGAUCUGGGCGACGGUAAAAGGAGCUCGGCGCUUGUUGCCAAUGUGUUUGACGAGGGGAUUCGUGGUAUAUUAAGCCUGCCGCUGAAAAGCAUUUUGCCAUUUUUACCAUUUUUGCUGGGCAAGAGUACUUCGUAUUUCCGUGAAAAGGUUCUCAUGGACGUCAACGUGAAGCUGAAGACAGACAAUGACCUGCAACAGCAGUUACUAUCAAUGAAGAAAAGCUGGGCAGAUGCGCUGUUGGAGCUGUCAUUGACCUGCUCUGUUUCUGCAGAGCUAAGUCAGUCGUCGUACGGAGACACAGAUGACGGCAAUGAUCGACAGGAUGAGAACUGCGGUCGCGCGUAUAGUUUUGAUGCCAGUAAGACCGGCGAGGAUCUAGUGCUUGACACAAUUGUGUCGUUGCUAUCCAUGGCAAUGAGCAACCACCUCGGAUGGCAAUCGUUCACGCAUCUGUUGCUGGCACUGAAAGGGAUUCAGACGAAAUACGAAACAAAGUGUGAGGCCACAAGUUCACACACGCUGUCUUCUUUACCCCCAUUGGCUCACGUGGCUCCACAUGUUAAUCGUUCGGAACUCUUCUGCUCACCACUGAAUUGGGUUUGUCGUGUGGCUGGCAUUGUCCUACAACGCAUGGCAAGAAGCCGGACAAUUUUGUCUCGGACGCUUGCCGAGAAUGUGCAGCGUUUGUUGUUUCUUGCUGAUGAGACACUAUUGAUCGCGCCAUUGAAGCCGCUUGCAGAAUACGCGACUUCAUCGUCGGAUGCUCCGUCGAAUAAGUACACGUGGUCUGAUGCGCAACUUUUCCUGCUGAACGCGGUGUUAGAUAUCUGCGCCCGGUUGAUUGACAGCACUCAUAAUAAUCAUCGUAUAGGGCUUUUGCCAGGCUUACAAAUAUUGCAGCAUGCUUUACCGUACAUCCAUGGUAAAUGCAUGAUGGAGCGCGUAGUAGAGGUGCUGAUACAAAGCUUUCAGCAGGAGAUGGCUACUGGUUCUGCGCUGAGUGUGUAUGCAAUGCUGCCGACGCGUGACGUGUUCCUCCGCGCCCUUGUCGAUCUUCGCCGCGCAUUGGUCGUCCACGAAAGGGAGGAGCUAUUGGAGUUGUUGCGAAGAUUGACUCUACGGAUAUGUACGUCCGGAUCUUUUAAUGAGGAGUUGGACGCCGCUGGGCUAUCGCUUUACGAGCUUGGCAAGCUCACUGAAGCACAAGCUGUUGAAGUGGUACUAGAUACACUGGCGCUAGCGAUCAAUGACACGGAACUGCAUGAACGAGAGGAGCAGGAUGACAUGGUGCCUUACUUUCCGGUAGCGAAGGAACUGCAAAGCUCGUCGCAGAACGCUGCCAAUGUUUCCGAUAAUUCUACGGAAGUGGCAUCACAACCGUACGAAAUAUACGCUGACGUAGAUAAGGCUGAUGACACCGAGCGGGUGCUCUGGGCAGCACUUGAAGUCGAAGAGAAUAGGAUGUUGGCGAUUUUGCGGGAUGUAACAAAUCGAGAAAAUCAGCGUGCAGUGACCGCGCUAUCUGUCCAGCGUAAGCAGGAGCAGGGGUGGACCCAAAAACUGUGGCUGAAGCACGAGCUUACCUUUCGAUCGCAGAACCAACACAAUGCACUGCGACGUGUGGCGCCCGACACAUUGGCUGCAAUGCAGAAGACGCUUAUGUGGCAGGUUGGACGUUACGAGACACCAUUUCCUUCCCGGGUGCGGCGUACUGUCGAUGUGAAUUUGCAGUUGAGCUCGAAGAAGAUGCUGGCAUUGAUCGCUAAGGAAAGCGUAGAUGGCGGAGUUGAAGCAAAGAGAAGUUCAGAGGUAGGAUAUCUGUCAGGUCUGGUCGUGCCUUUCGAGAUGGUUCAUGGUGCAGAAAAACGUGAAGUACGUAACCGUGACGCAGUAUCCAGCGAAAAUUUACUAACGCGAGUAGGUCGAGUAGUUGCGCAGCAGCGUGGUGGCGAAAUUCGGGACAUCACAUCUGACGAUUCUCUCUCACUUUCCGGCUUAGCAGACACUUACGUUUCUAGCACAGGCAUCGGUGAAAAAGUUGUUGAUGAGGCAGAAGCCCGUUCCUUAGUAGAUGAAGAGCAUUUCGACGAGUACAAAGAUUGUGCCAUGGCAGUCAGUCCGGAGGGCGAUGAGAGCAAGGCAAGUUCUUGUAUGUCUAGUCCUGCAGCUUCUGAGGGAACAGUUUUAGGGCAGGGCGACAAGGGACUAGACCCCGGUGCUGGAGUUGCUGUUGUACCGGGCGAUCAAGUGUACGCCUGCGUAACGUGUAUACGAGUGGUUCCAGAAGGAGUUAUUCUCGGCCGUCUGUCUUUCUGCGGCAAGUACAUCGCCUUUGAGCCACGACAGGAGAUACCUGAAAACGCCUGGAACCCUGGAGGUGGUACUAAUGCCGGUACAAUAGAUUUCGACGAUAGCACUCUUCCUGCACUAUCGAGCACGAACGUGGACGAAGCGGCGCCGGGGCUACACCGAUGUUGGCGAUGGAAGUACACCCAUCUUGUUGGUGUUUACCUCCGUCGCUAUCGACUACGUGACUCGGCGAUUGAGAUUUUUCUGCGCAAUGGCAGUACUCACUUUCUGGACUGGCCGCUGACGACCAAGCAGCGGCGCAACGAGGUCGUUCGUGUCUUAUAUUCCUUCCUUCCCCGAAGUACUCCUAAGCAGUGGCCCGGGCGCAUUAUUCCACACUUGGCUACUACUACUAAGGCUUGGCAAAACCGGCAGAUCAGUAACUUCGACUACCUCAUGGCACUGAAUACUUUUGCGGGACGCAGCUUCAAUGAUCUGACGCAGUACCCGGUGUUUCCAUGGGUGCUUUCAAACUACGGAGACUCUACAUUGGAUCUGAGCGACCCGGCGAAUUUUCGUGACCUAUCCAAACCUGUUGGUGCGUUAAAUGCAAAUCGACUGGAGGAAUAUUGGGAGCGAUAUUACUCUUUCGACGACCCAGUGAUUCCCAGAUUCUUAUACGGCUCUCACUAUUCGACUUGCGCUGGAGUUGUGCUUUUUUUCCUCUUCCGAUUAGAACCGUUCGCAAGCCUGCAUCGAAAAAUGCAGAAUGGCACCUUUGACUUGCCAGACCGCUUAUUUUUCUCCAUCCAGGAAACGUGGCGAAUGUGCAACUCUCAGAUGUCUGAGGUCAAAGAGCUGACUCCAGAGUUUUUCUCCGGUGAUGGUACGUUUCUGUGCAAUCGAAACGGCUACGCACUGGGAAAGCGCCAUGACCAAAAAGCUGUGGAAAACGUACAAUUGCCGAAGUGGGCGAGUACACCCGAAGAGUUCGUACGCAUUCACCGCGCCGCGCUCGAGAGCGAGUACGUCUCUUCGCAUUUGCACUCUUGGAUUGAUCUCAUUUUUGGCUACAAGCAAAGAGGGCGAGCGUCACUCCAAGCAAACAACGUGUUCUACUACCUGACGUACUACGGUGUCGUGGAUUUGGACAAAGUGGAGGAUCCAUGUUUGAGAGAAUCAAUGGAAUUGCAAAUCGCACACUUUGGUCAGUGUCCCAUGCAGCUUUUUGCUACCCCCCACCUCGCGCGAGACACUGCUUUCGCCCGUAAUACUGUCGGAAAAGCAGUUGCUUCUGGAAUGAACAGCUUAUCCAACUCGGAAACGACAAGUCCACCGCGUAGUGGAGGGUUGCCAGGAAAAGAAGGUGUCUCUAAUGGACCAUCCAGCAAUCUUUUCCGCCCGCUUUCACAAGCUUUUCAAGAUUUCUCACCGAUUGCACAAGAGAAGCGUCGAAAUUGGAGCCCCGUCGCUACAGUAAAGCCAAUCGUUCAAAGCGGUAUGAAGCUGCUAAAAAUUCUUCCAGGUCGUAUUGUCGGUGUGAACGAGCUCGGCGUCAUCGAAAUCUACUACUGGAGACUGUUGCCAAAGCCAACGCCACCGUGGCCAACUUCGCCUCACGGAGAAUCUGCGUUUGCGUCGUCAAAUCUACAAGGGGUGCCUCCGAUAACGCUUGCUGUUGAGCCUGGUAAGGCUGUAAACACUGAUCGAGACAGCUUCCUAUUUGCAACCGACUCACAGCGGGAUAGCGAGAGGGCCACGUUGUCCAGUGAUUUCAAUGGUGUGCCAGACGGCGGUGAAGAAAGUGAAGCGGAUCUAGCCACCGAUUGCCCGUGGCUUCUGGAGUUUGUUCGUGAUGACUCUCCAUUUGAGUAUGUUCCAAGGAUACCUGUGUUUGAUCACGUUCCCCUUGACAACGAAAGUGAUAAUCUGCGCAGACGACCACGCAGAUUCCCUGUGAGUAUAUCCCGCAACGGGCGUGUGCUUGUGUCUGGAGGAGCACGUAGCGGAGCUCUUCACUUUCGUUUGCUUGAUCUGGACAAUGGCCACGUGAUCGGCAAGGCCAGUGUCGUAGGGCACAGCGCCGCUGUCACGUGUCUGAGCCUGGAUCGCUGGAGCUAUCAUGACCAUAGCCAGACUGCCGUCUCUACCUCGCAGAGAGAUGAGGAGUUGCUCGUGUCCGGAUCGAAGGAUGGGACUCUUGCACUAUGGCGCCUCUCACGUCUUAAGCCUGACAUUCUUUUCCGUUUGCCGCGCGUAUCUCCGCGUCCUAUCCAGAUCUUUCGUGGACACGCGACGCCGGUCGUGGAUUGUUGCGUUAGUACAUACAUUGGGGUCGUGGUGUCAUGCUCACAUGCUGUUGGCAUAGUACACUUUCUGUACGACGAGGGACAGGUGGCGUUUAAUUUCGAGCCCGCUGAAGAAGGGGGUGAAAUCGUUCGCGUCUGCUUAUCAGUCAAAGGAUACGUGAUAGCUGUUACCAGCAUUGUUCAACGCGCGACUGACACGAGUGAGACGAACAGCAGUGACUCACAACAGCGCGUCAUGGUCUCCACUACCUGCCAGAUUUUCAAUCUAUCAGGCGUGAUGAUAAAGUCGCACCAUUUUCCGUCGGAGGAGGUAGUGGAUGUGCAAGUGUCCGCUGAAGGGGACGUGAUUUUCUUCACUUUGUAUCCGGGCAUCGUUCGCAUCUACCGCAUCGACGACUUUGCCAUGGUGCAGGAAUAUGUUUCCUCGUCGCCCGCAGGUUCGAUGAUCACUGCAACGUGUUUCGGUCCUGAAGAGGCGGUGAUCCUGCUUGCUUCUGGUCACGAGGACGGUACACUGUCGCUACAGAUGCUUCCAGACGCCAGUGGGUCCGUGUCGUUUUUAACAAACGUGCGUCGACUGCUCGGCGUUUCGUCCAAGCUCAAGCGUGUCAAGGGGACAGUGCAACACGCUCAAACAUUGGCCAUGUCAACGCUGGACAAUGCCAAAGCUGUGACAAGCACAGCGCGCGAUAUCGCCGGCGAAGCGCUGGGCGAGGCCAAAGUCAUGAUGCGAGGCCUCAUCUCGUACUUGCAAAAAAGCUAA